AUGGGUCUUUUUUGGAUUGCAAAUGGCGGAACCAAAUUUUCAAGGGAAUUCUGUUUUCGUUUUUUUUUCUUUUUUCUUUUUCGGAUUUAUUUCUAUCUUUUCUUCCCCUUGACCUUCUUUCUUUCUUUCUUUCUUUCUUUCUUUCUUUCUUUCGUUUAUUUUCUUCUACUUCAAUAUUUUUCCUUCGAUACCUCAUUUGAUUUCAUUCUCUUUUUUAAUUUUUUUAUCUCAUUUAUUCAAGUUUUCUUUCUUUUUACUUCUUCUUUGUUCACAUUUUAUGUUCUCUCUUUUUUAUUCUUUCUUUCUUCUCUUUUUCUUUCUUUCUUUCUUUUUUUCUUUAAUAUUUCAUUUAUCAAUUUAGCAUUUUUUCUUUCUUUUUCUUUCUUUAAUAUUUCACUUAUUUAUUCAGCCAUACUCUUUCUUUCUAUCUUUUUCUUUCUUUCUUUCUUUCUUUCUUUCAUAUUCCAUUUAGUCUCUUUCUUUAAUAUUUCUCUUUUCUUUCUUUCUUUCUUUCUUUCUUUCUUUCUUUCUUUCUUUCUUUCUUUCAGUAAUAUUUCAUUUAUUAAUUUAGCCUUUCUUUUUCUUUCUUUCUUUUUCUUUCUCCCUUUAAUAAUUCAUUUAUUAAUUUCUUUUCUCUACAUUCUAUUUCUUUUCUCUUUCUUUAAUAUUUUACUCAUUGACUUAGCCUCUCUUUCUUUCUUUCUUUCUUUCUUUCUUUCUUUCUUUCUUUCUUUCAGCAUUCCAUUUUUAUUUUUCUUGUUUCGCCUUCAAUCAACUCUACCUCGUUACCCCAUCUCACUCUUCGACCCUUUUAGAAUCUGA